GGGAUUUGUUUUCAGGUUAAGCUCUCAGAUUUUUCUUGCACAGAAAUAGUCAAUAGAAAUUGGCCUCAAUCUCUCCUGCAUGCGUUAGUUUGUGUUUUCUUUAAAAUUUAUGAAUUUCUACAAAAUUCGGUGACACUGUGGGAUGUCUCACUGUCUCUAUUUUGUGGUCUCUCCCUUGUAUGUUAUUUAUUUUUAUUUUUUCCUGGUGCUAAAUGAAAAAAGAGGUUCCUGGUUAGGGAUUUGUGUAAAUGCUGAUGAAGAUCACACCCCCUCGUCCUGCUUCUUUCACUCUCUGACUUCAGCACAUUGUGCUAAGGAUUAAGAGACACUUUCCCUGCCUCUGUGACGCUCCUCUUCUCCUCGUCCUCAUCUGCCGGUGUGGGAUUCACUUAACGAUUCAAACCAGCAGACAGCAGAGAGGUGGAAAUCCUCACUGCAGGAGGCUCUACAAAUAUACACCCUGACACAAGUCCUGACUCCAUCAGCUGCUCAGAGCCGUGACUUUUAAAACAAGUCACCAGAGUGUUAAAAAAACACAAGUGUGUAACCCGGAAUUAAUUGUAAUAGGGAUAGAUUUCCAAACAUAACCCCAGGAUUUGAAUUGAAGUCUAAUAAAAUGGCGCCAGUUCCUGUUACAGGUGCAUUUUUCCGAUUUCCCCGUCUGGUUCCAUGAUCUGGUCCUUAAUCUCUUAAAAGAAAGAUGUUUGAGCUCUGGAGAUGAUCUGCAUCUUGUGUUGUCUUGAGCAUGUUUCAAUCUGAUUAGCAGCGAUUCUGAUUUGUGAAAUCCAGCGAUGAACCUGAAAGAAAAACUGCAAAAAAUCUAUUUUAUCUAUUUGGACAUUUCGGGGUUAAUAUCUGUGGUCAGAUGGACGAGUCUGUGAGCUUUACUGCUGUACAGUUGGAAGAGAAAACCCCAGGACCAUCUGCCGAACAAGAGCUGUAGAUUAAUCCAGAUUACAGCCUCUCUCUCUCUCUCUCUCUCUCUCUCUUUCAUUCCUCACCCCUGUCCUUGACAGAAGCUAGAUUGAUAACCUGGUUUGAAGCUGGUUUGAAGACCUUUCCCCAAACGAAACAAGGAACUAAGACGCUCAGGCCCAGAUGAAAAUGGCUUUUCUCAUUAAGAGCAUGGUGGGAAACCCUCUGAAAGGGAUGGGACUCGGAGGAGGAGAGGAGAAAUCCGAGGCAGAGACUCCGAAGGACCCAGCAGCAGCGGCUGGAAUGACCAGAGAGGAAUAUGAGGAGUACCAGAAACAGCUGGUGGAGGAGAAGAUGGAACGAGACGCUGAUUUCCUGCACAGAAAAGCCGAGAGGGCGAAUCUCAGGGUUUGUCUUCGUGAGAAAUACAGACUGCCAAAGAGUGAGCAGGACGAAAACAUGAUCCAGAUUGCCGGUGACGACGUGGACGUUCCCGAGGAGCUUUUGAAGAUGGUGGAUGAGGAUGCGACGGAGGAGGAAGAGAAGGACUCCAUCCUUGGCCAGAUGCAGAACCUGCAGAACAUGGACAUGGAGCAGAUCAAGGAGAAAGCAACGGCCACUUUUAAUGAGAUGAAGAGCAAGGCUGAAGAGAAGUGCUGCGUCAUGUGACCGUCCUGACAUGAUGCGACACUCCAGAGAAAUACGAGCUUGAUUAUUUAUUGAUUAUCAAAUUACAUGAAUUUAAUUAU